UUUGUUCGACAAUCCAAAAAAGAUAUUGUAGAGGCUUGUGCUAAAGAAACAACUAAAGCUAACAUUGAAGACUUGGACGAUGAUUAUUUUGGAAUAUUAGUUGAUGAAUCAAAUGAUGUCUCUCAUAGGGAGAGCCAAGAAAAUAAGUUGGAAGAGUUGCUUGAAUUCGAAGAAGUUCAUACAGGGCAAGGUUUGAAUCAAGAACAUGGACUCCAACGAUCGGGUGAUACUCGUUGGGGGUCUCAUUUUAAAACCUUGGAAAAUUUUCUGAUUUUUUUUCUUCAAUUGUUAACGUGCUUAAGGAUAUGAAACGUGGUUGUCCAUACAAUUUUUUUGAGCAAGAGUCAUGAAUUUGAAUUUGUCUUUAUAUUGCACUUGAUGUUUAAGGUGUUGUUAUUGACGAAUGAGUU